AUGUGCCAGAAAACUCCGCACAAGUACAGGUGUCCGAAAUGUGACAUCAGGACAUGCUGUGUAGCCUGUUCCAAGCAACACAAAGAAGUCAAAAACUGUGACGGAGUGCGACCACCCUUCCAAGCAGUUGCUAAGCUGUCGCAGUUUGACGCUGCAAAAUCUGUCCAAGAUCAGCGAUUCCUUCAUGCCGUUCAAAGUAAUUUGAGUAGCGCGCCUAGGGCUUCUCCAUCCACUCAUGCGCAGUAUCAGCUUGCACAUUCGGCUUCCUCCUGCACGACUGAGGCCAAUGGCUCGUUUGGAUCUGCACUGGAUACAAGUCGAGGUGAAGAGGAGAAUUCAGAAAAUAUCCGUCACAAGGCGAAUUCAGCACAGGAACGUUUCCUCAUACAAAAUGCUAUACGUCGUCGAAUCUGGCUGUCCUUCAGUGACGAUAAAGGAGGUGAAGACUGUUCUCGUCAUGAGCAAUUUUCGGACACAAUAUUCUGGUGUGUUGAUCUAAUUUUCACCAAGCAGUUGGAGGAUGGCUCUGCGUCGGAGUACUCAUACCGUAUUCAAAAUAUACCUGAAACAAUCCGGCUUGUGACAGUUCUCAAGCAGUUUCUGAAGCCGCGACAGCAUGGUUGUAUUGUAUCGAAAUCUGACUUAGACAUGGAGAAAAUGACACCAUUUAUUGAAGCAGGAAUAGAGAAUAUCAAUGGAUUCAUGUUGGUGCCCAAUUAUGAACCGGAAAGGUACUAUGCGAUUAACUUUGAAAAAGACCUUCUGCACAACACCCGUAACAGGGUAAUUGUUAAUCAUCCUAGAAUUAUCAUAACUCUGAAUACUGAGUUUAUCUCAUCGCAUCAGUUGGUUUCGGAGACUGAAGCCGAAGAAAUCAGAGAAAAGCAGCGCCAGUCGCGGGCGAUGGGUCAAGCCGCCGAAGAGGGUUGUGGAAGUGGAUUUCAUCGUGGAGGAAGAGGUGGCGGCUUCCGUGGUGGUCGUGGAGGACCGCGUGGUGGGUUCCGAGGUGGCUUCCAUGGAGCCCCUCACGGUCAUAAUAACCGUGAACCGCAAAGAAAUGGCCCGAGAGGAUUUCGGGGUCGCUUCGACGGAAAGAGGCCAAGGGACUUCGACGACGACAACUCUGGUAUUCAUAGCAAGAGAGGCCGUGGUGGGAGAAACGACAGGGGACCUUCUCACAAUUACAGGAGUCUGGACGAUGAGUUCGAUCCAUUUGAGCCAUUCGAGGGUCCUGUUCGCCUUCCUCGCUCUUAUCUGGGCAAGGGAGAGAGUAAAAAAACAGAAAAUGGUGCUGCUGGCAACUCUUCCGAAAACGUCAGUAAAGAAGAUGUCUGA